CGCUGCUAGAAGCAAGCGAGCAGCUGGUGAACGCACACUAAGGGCAAUUACAACCAGCCAGUAGAAAAAGGACAUCAAAAGGGGCCAAGUUGGGCCUGAGGCCGGCAGGAAUCGAGGCCGGUUUGGGCCGCGCUUUGGGGCCCACGUUGGGGCCGUACUCGUCCAAUAGUUGAUCCCGCAGUGCGCUCAAUUCGGUUGGGCUCAAUGUUGCAAUCGCACUUAGUUUACACGCGUGGCAGAUACUUUGCUUCCGAAGCAGGGCCUCGUACCUUAUACAAUCGCAGUGCUGUUUUGUUGAUCAUGCGGUUCCUAUGGCUGUCACUGGUGGUGCUCCGGCCUGUCCGUGGACUUUCCGCAGUCAGUCUGUCCCAGACGGAAACAGAGGACAGCAAGUUGAAGAAUUCGUGCGAACCCAUAGGGCAAGAAGUUGAAAUGGACGAACCAUUCGAACAGCGAGUAGUUUUCCCUCCGAAGGCGAACUGCAACGAGGAAAGCUGGAGGAUUCCUAAGUUCAAGGUUUCUGGCGGAAAACACGUCACGUUCUCGCAGAAGCCGUGGAUCGUGUUCCGAGGGGCAACAUUUCGCAGCUCGGCCGACGCGCAGGAGGUGGCGCUCUGUUCAAUCAGGCGCCACGUGGUGGAACCCCUGAAGAGGGCGUACGCUUUGAACUCGGUGCACGUGCACCUCUGCGUUCGCCCCCACGGGGCGAACCGUCGACUCGUGGCGAGCGCCGAAAAGUAUUUCGGGGCCGCGAUCGGCGACGUCAGCUUGCGGGAGCUGAGCAAGGCAGAGCAGCCCCUGCAGCAGGGCCAGUACAGGGCCUGCCUGGCUGACGUGCCCAACGACGCCAGGUUCGCGCUCAUCCUGCGGCCAGACCUGGUCUUUAAGGAGAGUUUGAGCUUUGAACGCGCUGUGUCCCCCGACAUGUUCUAUUUCCAGUGGAACUUGUUCCAAUCUUGCGUGAAUCGCGAAAUCGCGGACCAGAUUCAUCUAGUGGGGGGCAAUUUGAUCCCGGACUUGAAAGACAAGUGGAAUAGCGAGCAGAUGGGGGCAGUCAAACCGGGGCAGGCAUAUUGGGACACUUUCCACAUGAUGUUCAUGUGGGCCGCGAACGCGUUCGGACAGGAGCGUUUGGGAUAUUUGAUGGAAUAUCCCGCUACGAAUUGUUUUUAUCAGGGCAGCGGCGAGAUUCCGCGAUGGCACAAAUACGGCUUCUGCAAGCAGCGUGGGAACCCGGGGGGGGGGAUGCACCACGGCAACCUCACGAACCCGCUGUUCACCUACGACCGCUGGAUCAGUGCCGACGGCGAGGCGUUGUGCAAAUGGGACUAGACUUCGGGGCCAAGGCGCGCGGGCGAAGCGAGGCGUUUGGCCUCUCCGUAGCGCCGGGAGGCAGCGCUUGGCUGUGUCUCGCUUUUCUUGGAUGUUGCAUCCCCGCGUUGGGGCAAUCGUCGCAAUUAUAGCUGGCGCCUUGUUGCAACUUGCAAAAUCUGUCAUCGCGCACGUAGGGGGGGAUGAACACUGUGCCAGGGGCACUGUUGGUUCAACCGUCCAAUGGUCCAUGCAAUUGCUCGAGGUACUAGUGUCAAAACGGCAGCCGGCGCCCCUGGGAAGUGCCACUGCUUUCCACGCAAGACAGCGCAUGGCAGCCAUGCCUGCCAAUGCCCUGAUCGCUUCUGCAGGCUGCGGCGAUUGGAAUGGCGGUGGUGGCCACAUGUGAGAAACCCAUGGCAUCCUCAAAUAGCCUGCUGCUUUUCCUAUUAGAUCCGGGGUCUGCAACGGCAGGCUAAGCAUCGAGAGGGUACGGACUCUUGCACUAGAUGCUGCGCAAUGCUCGAUUGAUGACGACACCCCAGGUGAGGAGCAAGAGUUACUGUGAAGUAGCUUUGUGUAAGUUUCAUGCUGACCAGUGAAGUAUCUGACACGCUUCUUGCCUGGAUAGCUCUGAAAUAUGCAUCAAUGUCGUAUCCGUGCCGCCGCCAGAGAAGCGGGGUGAGAUGUUACCCAGCGCAGCGAUCUCCGCGCACGAAUCGAACAGUUGUUGCCGACUUGCUCCAUCGGUCG